AUGAGUGACAGCGAAGAAAGUUUUACUGAAGAAGAAAGUUACUCCGGUUCUGAUGAUGAUGUUUUAGAUUUGUGGCUUCCUGUUGUAGGAGAUGACAAUGGCCCUAAUGUUUUUGCUUUUACUGGUGUACCAGGACCCAAACAUACUAUUUCACCAGAAUCAAAGCCCAUUGAUUAUGUUGAAUUAUUUUUCACUAUAGAGUUUUUGGAAAAGUUAGUAACUUAUACCAACCAGUAUGCUGAUGCAUGGAUACAAAGUAACCAACAGCAUUUGAGAUCUCAUCCAUUGUCGAUAGGUCAUGUAUGGAUAAAGCAAGGAAAAUCAAAUCUUUUAGAAAUAAAGGCAUUCCUUGGUGUUGUUAUCAAUAUGGGUCUAAUCAAGAAAGCUAGUAUUAAACUAUAUUGGGAUAUUAGUCAUCCUUGUGCUUCCACUCCCUGGUUUGUUACUCAUUUCAAUCGUGACCAUGAGAGCAUGAUUGGUUACAAGGGAAAGACACCACAUCUCCGCCAAUAUAUGCCAAACAAGCGUCAUUCUCGAUUUGGAAUAAAAUUAUGGUGUGUUUCAGACAGCACUAAUGGGUAUUUAUCUAAGUUUGAAAUUUACAAGGGAGGAAAAAAUCCAGAUGAAGCUGUUAUUGCCCAUGGUAUGACUUACAACUUGGUUUUUCGUCUUUUGCGUCAAGCCAACCUCCUUCAUCAAGGUUAUCACUUAGGUAUUGAUAACUAUUACACUUCUCCACAACUGCUAUUGGAUCUAUAUCUACAUCAAACCACAGCAACAGGAACAGUAAGAGUAAACAUAAAAAGAUCUGACAGAAAUCUGCCUUAA